CCCACACACAUGUACACAAACCAACAUCCUCUCAUUUUUAUAACAUUAUUUUCCUUGCUUCUUCUCAAAAAAACAAAAAAUUUCCCCGUUUGGGUAGAGCCGUAGACGCUUUCAGGUGCGCCUCUCUAGGCUCCCCACCAUAUAGCCUUUUGUGAACCCAAAAAUCUCCCUCCGUUAUUAGAGCUCCUCCUUCUCUUACGGUUUCAGUGCUUCUCCUCUUUAUAGUACGUAUUAGAGCAUCUCCUCCCUGCUUGAUUACUCAUUCAGUCAUAAUCACUCUUUUUCUCAACUCUCUGGGGAAGACAUGUUGACAAUGGAGGAGGUUCUGCGUGAGCUCGCUGGGCAAGACAUAUACGAGCAAGGUUUGCCGCCCGGGUUUCGUUUCCACCCAACUGACGAGGAACUCAUCACCUUUUAUCUCGCUUCCAAAGUGUUCAAUGGGAGCUUUUGUGGCGUGGAGAUUGCCGAGGUUGACCUUAACAGAUGUGAGCCUUGGGAGCUUCCAGAUAUGGCAAGGAUGGGGGAGAGAGAGUGGUACUUCUUCAGCUUGAGGGACAGGAAAUACCCAACCGGGUUGAGAACAAACAGGGCAACCGGAGCCGGGUACUGGAAAGCCACUGGCAAAGACAGGGAAGUCUACAGUGCGUCAAGCGGAGCCCUACUUGGGAUGAAGAAGACCCUUGUUUUCUACAAGGGCAGAGCCCCACGUGGCGAGAAGACCAAGUGGGUCAUGCACGAGUACCGCCUUGACGGUGACUUCUCCAAUCGCCACGCGUGUAAGGAGGAAUGGGUGAUUUGCAGGAUUUUUCACAAAACUGGGGAGAAGAAACAUCUGCUUCUCCAAAGACAAAGUUAUGGGCGCCUGGAAGCUGCUUCAUCGCCCAACAGCGUCUCCUUGCCUCCAUUGCUAGAAACCCAAACAACAUUAUUAGAAUCAUGUCAAUUUCAGAGCCCAAUGCAGGGUGUCCAAAAUCCUUUUCUGAUGAGUAACCAGGAAAAUGACAUCAAAAGCCUAUUGAACCCAGCUGUCUCCCAAUCCCACCUAUUCCCAAAAAAUGGGCUGCAACCCUCCUUUUCGCCCAUUCCCACGACAAUCACAAGCACCCCCAUCGAAACAAACAAAAACACAAACACCAACAACCCAUCGCCAUCGCCAUCACCAUCACCAUCACCAUCGAUGCUCUUCAAGUCCCUGCUCUCACAUCAAGAUUGCACUCCUAAGGAACAGCUCACUAUUCAGAAACAGUGCAAGACAGAGGCGAACUUUUCCCUUUUCCAAGCACCAGCCGAUGCCAACUUGCAAUGGAUGGAUAGGAUUCACCCAAACCCAACUCAAUAUCAAAACCCCUUGCUUUUUGAGAUUGAUUGUGGCUUGUUGGGGCUCUCAGCGUUUGCUUCUGCUCCUCUUGCAGAUGCUGCUGCCAAUGACAUGUCCACUUCAAUUGCUUUCAACAGGGCCGGCUUUUAGCUGAUGUUAGAUACUCUGCAGUAUUUCUCGAGAAUCUUGGCCUUCUGAUGUUGAAUUCACCUAGUUUAACUUUUUAUAUUUUUAGUUUUAAAUAUACAUAUCGUAUAUCUAUAGAAUCUAAUGUGUACGUACUGUUACUAUAAGUGUAGAUCCAUAGCCCAUCCAUGCACGCAUCUAUGUA